AUGUCGCUUACUGUGGCCGAGGCAAAACGCCGCUGGCAGAACGCAGAAAAAGAGAUCCAUCGGGCAUUCGACGCAGAAGAUACAGAUGAGUACGAUCGACAAGAGACUGCGGUACUGCUAGAAUUGGUACGGCCCCUGGAGCCGGUGAACGCCCAUGUCGUGACGACCCAGCAGGAAGAUUGGCAAGACUACGUGGCGGACGACUACAACCGAUGCUUUGCGGACGCUUCCAUAUUGUAUCGCCGAGGCGUGGAAGUUGAACCUUGCGCUCAAUGCUCGGUCUCAGCCACAUUUCGCCGCUACGGCAUAGGCGAACAUUGCUGUCACUACAAGGCGUUCAAAGCUCAAAAUGGCAUAGAGUGGGGCGCACCUGUCUCCGAGGAAGUUCGGGGGUUUGGCGGCCUGCGUGAAGCAAUCCAAGCUACGGGAUACGACGGUCUUUGGUUUGCUCACGGAGAUGCCGGGGCAACAAACCUUCCACUAGCUGAUCCAUCUCUGCAAUGCGGCCAGGAUCGUGUCGUGCCGGACGAAGCGCAGAGUACCAUGGCUCCCGUGUCCUCGAAUGGCCAAUUUGCAUUAUGGGCUGUUCCUAGCGAGCAAUGGAAUGAUCUAUCUGCGCUAAAGAAGACCCGCACUGACUUAAAGCAACAUGUUCGGGCCGUCAAGGAUCGGAUUCGACAACUCAGAUCCCUCCGAGCAUCGAAACGCACAGACGUUCCGAACCACUAA